UGGGGCGGCCGGAGGCGGCGGGCGCGGACGGGCCGGCGGCAGCGGGGGCCGCGCUCCCGGGACUGUGCCUGUGAGGCGCCCCGCGCGGCGCCGCUGAGGGCCGGGCGCGCCGGCGGCCUCGCCUCGCUCGCUCGCGGCCUCCCGCGCCGGCUCCUCCAUCUUGGCGGCGGCUGCCGGGACGAUGCGGCGCCGCCCGGCCAGGGGCAGCCUGAGGAGACGAUGAAGAAGCACCGGCGGGCGCUGGCGCUGGCCUCCUGCCUCUUCCUGUGCUCGCUCGUCUGGCUUCCCAGUUGGCAUGUAUGUGGUAAAGAAAGUUCUGCAGCUUCGUCUUAUUACCCUCAAGAUGACAGUUGUGCACUCGAAAAUGAAGAUGUACAGUUCCAGAAAAAGGAUGAAAGAAAGGAACCUAUCAAUCCUGAAUUGUUGGAAAAAGUGGGUUCAAACUUACCUGUUCCUCCAGAAGAACAUAAAUUAAAAGAUGAUUACCUUGUGGAUGGACAAAAUGCGGAGCCCAAACAGAUAAAUCCGUCUGUGCUUGAGACACUCCCUAUAGUGGAUCUGCAUGAAGAUUCUUCCAGUAUAGUUGUGGACAGUGAAAAUAUUGAAAAUAUCUCCAGCUCAUCUACCUCAGUGAUCACUCCAAUCUCCAAGCUUGAUGAAAUAGAAAAAUAUGGUACUAUUCCUCUAGCCAAGCCUGGUGAGACAGAGCAGGCUGAGACUGCCUGUGAUGUUGGUGAGGCCCUGGACGCAAGUGCUCCCGCUGACCAGCCUGCCUUUGUCAGUGCUCCUGAAAGCCUUGUUGGCCAGCAUAUAGAAAAUGUAUCAUCUGCACAUGGCAAAGGAAAGAUAACAAAAUCAGAAUUUGAAUCAAAAGUUUCAGGAAGUGAGCAGGAUGGUGGUGAUUCAAAACCUUCAUUGAAUGCUUCAGAUAAUCUAAAAAACGAGAGUUCUGAUCAUCCAAAACCAGGAGAAAUGCACCCUGCAUCUGUAGCAAGCCCCAAAGACCCAGAAGCUAUACCAACAUUUGAUGAAUGGAAGAAAAAAGUCAUGGAAGUAGAAAAAGAAAAAAGUUUGUCUGCAGGUCAGUCAAUGCAUCUGUCUUCUAAUGGAGGUCUUCACGCCUCAAAAAAGGUCCAGAAAAAUCGAAAUAACUAUGCUUCAGUAGAAUGUGGUGCCAAAAUUUUAGCAGCAAAUCCAGAAGCCAAGAGUACAUCUGCUAUUCUUAUAGAAAACAUGGAUCUUUAUAUGUUGAAUCCUUGCAGCACUAAAAUUUGGUUUGUUAUUGAACUUUGUGAACCAAUUCAAGUAAAACAACUUGAUAUUGCAAAUUAUGAACUCUUUUCUUCUACUCCUAAAGACUUUCUGGUGUCUAUCAGUGACAGAUAUCCCACAAACAAGUGGAUUAAGCUGGGUACUUUCCAUGGUAGAGAUGAGAGGAAUGUUCAGAGUUUCCCUUUAGACGAACAGAUGUAUGCAAAAUAUGUGAAGAUGUUCAUCAAGUACAUAAAGGUGGAGCUGGUCUCACAUUUUGGAUCAGAGCAUUUUUGUCCACUCAGCCUUAUAAGGGUAUUUGGUACAAGCAUGGUGGAAGAAUAUGAGGAGAUUGCAGAUUCACAGUAUCAUUCAGAGCGCCAGGAACUGUUUGAUGAGGAUUAUGAUUAUCCACUGGAUUAUAGUACUGGGGAGGAUAAAUCUUCAAAAAAUCUUCUUGGCUCUGCUACAAAUGCCAUUCUAAAUAUGGUGAAUAUUGCUGCUAAUAUUCUGGGAGCAAAAACUGAAGACCUGGCAGAAGGAAAUAAAAGUAUAUCUGAGAAUGCAAUUGCCACAGCUGCACCGGAAAUGCCAGGCCCGGCUCCCGUUUCCAGUCCUGUUCCAGCACCUGAGCUUGUGCCCACUGAUGGACACAGACAGGGCAUGGAGCCAUCCCCACCAGAUUCUCCAAAGGAGAGUCCCAUUGUGCAGUUGGUUCAGGAGGAAGAUGAGGAGGCAAGUCCUUCUACAGUGACCCUUCUUGGCAGUGGUGAACAAGAGGAUGAAUCUUCACCAUGGUUUGAGGCAGAGACACAAAUACUUUGCAGUGAACUGACCACAAUUUGUUGCAUUUCUAGUUUUUCGGAAUAUAUAUAUAAGUGGUGUUCAGUUAAAGUUGCUUUUUAUCGGCAGCGCAGCAGAACUGCUCUGAGUAAGGACAGAAAUGUUGCAUCCGCUGAGCUCCCAGAGCUGCUGCCUGCAGAAUCUGAAGAUGUUUCAGUAUUGCAGCCUCCAAGUGGAGAUUUGGACAGUAAGAGGAGUGAGGAGGAAGCGGACAGUAGUGUUUCCGGUGACUCAGGUGAUCUGGUGAAUCACACAGCGGAUGCAAUUGAACUUGAACCAAGCCACCCGCAAACUCUAUCCCAGUCUCUUCUCUUAGACGUUACUCCAGAAAUCACUUCUUCAUCUAAAAUGGAAGUAUCCGAGUCUGUUAAGCAAGAAAUAGAAUACCUGCCACCCCAGGUCAUUUCCCAAGAAAGUGAUGCUGAGGUUGCUAAUGAAACAGAAAAGUCAGAGAGUUUUAGUUCUGGAGAAAAGCCAACUGUGAUCUAUGAAACUAAGAAAGCAAAUGAAGCAACAGACACUGUUGUGAAAGAAGACAUAAGCCCCACGUGGACGAUCACAAAAGUGCCGGAAACAGUAGUGCCCAUGGCGAGCACAGUGACCGUGCCGGACAGUGAGGAUGGGGAAGCCAUAACAAGCACAGCUGACGCACCAAAGCAGACGAUGACUCCUGUGGUGGACUCUUCGCCCCCUGAGAUCCGAGAGGAGGAGCAGUCUCCAGAAGACGCCCUUCUCAGAGGGCUGCAGCGCACAGCUACAGAUUUCUAUGCAGAACUGCAGAAUUCUACAGAUCUGGGAUAUGCUAAUGGAAAUCUAGUGCAUGGAUCAAACCAAAAGGAGUCGGUAUUUAUGCGGCUCAAUAAUCGUAUUAAAGCCUUAGAAGUUAACAUGUCUCUCAGUGGUCGCUAUCUCGAGGAACUUAGCCAGAGGUACAGAAAACAAAUGGAAGAAAUGCAGAAGGCUUUCAAUAAAACAAUAAUAAAACUUCAGAACACUUCAAGAAUAGCAGAGGAACAGGAUCAGCGGCAGACAGAAGCCAUCCAGGUGCUCCAGGCACAGUUGACCAAUAUGACCCAGCUUGUUUCAAACUUGUCAGCAACAGUGGCAGAACUGAAACGGGAGGUUUCAGAUCGACAAAGCUAUCUUAUCAUAUCUUUAGUUCUCUGUGUUGUCUUGGGACUAAUGGUCUGCAUGCAGCGCUGUCGAAAUGCCUCUCAAUUUGAUGGUGAUUAUAAUUCAAAACUUCCUAAAAGCAGUCAGUAUCCAAGCCCUAAAAGGUGUUUCUCUUCCUAUGAUGAUAUGAAUUUGAAAAGGAGAACUUCAUUCCCACUCAUCAGAUCCAAGUCUCUACAAUUCACUGGCAAAGAAGUAGACCCACAUGAUUUAUACAUCGUUGAACCCCUCAAGUUUUCUCCAGAAAAAAAGAAGAAACGCUGCAAGUACAAAACUGAAAAGAUCGAGACCAUAAAGUCAGCAGAGCCAUUGCACCCUGUAGCCAACGGAGACCUCAAAGGAAGGAAGCCCUUUACAAACCAGAGAGAUUUUUCUAACAUGGGAGAAGUUUACCACUCUUCAUAUAAGGGUCCACCUUCAGAAGGAAGCUCAGAAACUUCGUCACAGUCAGAAGAAUCUUAUUUUUGUGGCAUUUCAGCUUGCACAGGUCUGUGCAACGGACAGUCUCAAAAGACAAAAACGGAGAAGAGGGCUUUGAAACGGAGGCGGUCGAAAGUCCAAGAGCAAGGAAAACUGAUAAAGACUCUGAUACAGACUAAGUCAGGGUCCUUGCCGAGCCUGCACGACAUCAUCAAAGGAAACAAAGACAUCAGCGUGGGCACGUUUGGGGUCACUGCAGUCUCGGGGCACAUCUGAAGUGAACCAUACUUUCCAGACUGGAGACUUGUUGUUGUUCUUUGAAGAACAGUCUGUGGUAUUUUGAGGGAUCGGGGGAGGGAGGAAAUACUAAUGGGAAAAGUAUUCUGAAAUUAUGGCUCCUGUCUUUUUAAAGUGUAGGUAGGAUCGUUUCAGUCUCGGUUAAUGAGCUCCAGUUGUGCCAGGCUGAUCACUUCCUACAAGGACGGUGGUAGACAUUUUAUAAAGAUGUUUUUUCAGCUACUGGGACCAAAGUAAUUUGGAAGCCCAGUCCCUUAGGUGGGAUAGGAAUGAAAGACUAAACCUCUUCCUUUAGCUUUGUUCCUAUUUCUUGCACCUUCCCAUAUUUAUGUGCCUUUCGUCUAUUUAUAAUGCCACUGGAAGAGGAGGGAAACCUUUUUCUGUUGUUUGAUUUCUUUUAUAACUUUGUUAGCUGCAAACACUACAAGGCUUUGAGGCGAUCUGUGCCUGAGUUCAGUGACGUGGUCAGACAGUGGAAAACCUAGAGAUUUGUCCAGCUAGCCCGCUCUUGAGCAAACUCACUGGAAACAAUCACUGGCAUUUUGAAACCCUGUUCUGGAGGGAAGCGAUGAUGCCUGAUCCUGUUAAUGUUAUUUUUCUUUAGCUCAUUCACACUUGUUUCUUUCAGUCACUAACUCAAUGAGGGAAAGUCCCUAAAGGAUCUUUUUUCGAAGAAGGCUGAUAUUGACAAACAAAUUCACCUUUUUAAGCCACUGGUAAAGGUUUUCUUUAAGUACAUUACAUUUUAAACAUGCACCAUAAGGAAGCACUAAUACUCCAACUUUCUGAUCAUUGUUUUCCGCUCUGAUAAUUGAGAAGUGGAAGAUUUGUCAAAUUAGUCCAGGUCUCACAUCUUGAAAUCAAUCACUGCCUAGAUACUUAUUCACAGGACCAGCCAGUGAGUUUGCCAAGCCUGUCUAAUGGGGUAAGUCGGAAGGCCUGAGGGAUUCUUACUCUCUGAUGUUUGCUUAGCAUUGGCUACAGGUGUGCAGAGCUAUACACGUGUGAUGUCAUUGUGUUAGUCUUUGUUGUCUUUUUUUUUUUUUUAAUGGCAGCGACUAAAUAAAAUGAUUUCUUAGUGUGUGUUUGUACGGUCAUGAGCAAAAGUAGUAUAUUUUUGAAAGGGGCGAGUUGACCAUUUUGUGUUAUAAGAUUUAAGUUAUAACUUAUUGAGCACUUUUAGUAGUAACUGUUUUUAAACUUGUCUCAUCCCUUUCUUGGGGUAUUGUUUGUAAUGUGACUUAUUUAAAGCCUUUGGUUUAAGUUGCUGCUUUAGGUUAACAGUAUGUCGUAGAUGAUUUAAAUUUCUUUCCAGUCUGUACAAUUAGCCAUACGGAGCAGGAGGGCCUGGUUGUCUGGAUGCCCCUGAGAGGGCCAGAAAGGCAGAGAGGAGGCGGAAGGGCCCGUCGGGGCAGCGUCUGGUGCUGCUGGGUGGGGACUUGCACUCUGUGACGACAGAGCUGGAGUGCCACUAGAAACUGUGAAUUUCCAAAUAAAUCUCGACACUUGUCUUUAUUAA